AGUUGACAUUUGACACAAACAUAAACUGAGAAAAAAACGAUCGUGAAUUUUCAAAAGUCAACGAAAUUUAUUUUGAAAUAUUUAAAAGUGUUAAAAUACUUACUAUGAUUACGAUUUUGAUAUGGUAAAAUCUUAGGACUGAUUUAUAGCUAAAUAAUGAGUGUAUAUUUUCUGUGCCUUGACUUUGAUAGCGUUUGAAUUAUGUAUACUUUGAAAGGGAUAUUUCCUGAGCCAAAAAAGGAGCAAAAAAGGAACUUUAUCAGGGAGAAUAAGAAACAGCUGAAGAGUUUACAAAGCAAGGAGCCCCGCACAGCGCCGCGGCCCGCCUCCCGGCCUCCCCCGCACCCCCAGCGGGCCCCGGGGGCGGCACCCAUGCGUCCGGACACUCUCACCACAAAAUCAAAAAAAGUUACCAAUGUUCAAAUUAAAAAAGGUGACAUGGCCGAAUUCCUUAAAAGAAAAGAACAGAGACACAAACAUCAAGAAGAAUCCACGGAGGAGGAAGAGGACCAAGAUGUGAAGCUCACUGAAUCUGCCGGCACACUGCGGGACAUGGGAUGCCAGACGAUAGAAUCAAAUCUGGCUCAAUCAUUUGCAGAAGGAACUAAAUUAACAGUGCUGUAUCCAAGGAAGCAAGAUGACACAGAUGGCAAGUCUAAGGCUAGUGGGGACAUGGCCAGCCACCUUUUGGAUAGAGACUCAGAGUUAUUUGAAGCGGACAAGCGCAGCCGCUUAACGGCUAUUUUAGAAAGAAAAGACAAUAAGGACCCCUAUCUCCCAUCAGGUUACCAGAAAGGCGUAGUGCCGAAGUACCUGCGGGAGCGGCGGGAGUCGGAGGCGGGGGCGGGGGCGCGGGGGGCGGGGCCGGGGGACGCCGAGUGCCCCCCGGGCCACGUCGCACUGCCCGACACCGAGCGCAAGGAGACACUGCGCAUGCUCAGGAAUAGUUUUGCGGAGCUGGUGAGCGAGCUGAACAAGCUGCCGGUGCGCACGGACUCGCUGCGCACGCGCACGCGCAAGAUGGAGCUGGAGCGGCAGCUGGCCAAGCUCGAGGACGGCAUCAAGGUGUUCUCGCGCCCGCGCGUCUUCGUGCGCAUCGGCGAGUAGCCCUGCUGAUGUACUUCAUGCACACGCUCGCAUCAGAAGCUAAAUUAACUGUAGAUAGUUUGCAUGAUAAAUAAAUUUGAUCUCACAUAAUAUGAAGUUGAUAAAAAUUUACAUAAUUAAUGAAUUGUAUAAUGUGACUGUAUGUUGUAUGGUUAAUUAAUAUACAUGUAAUGUUUGUUUA